AUGGUUCGCCUUCUUUUCGGCCUCUUGGCUGCUGGCGCGGCCCUCGUCCAGACCGUCGCCGCCCACAACAUCCAGCUGCCGGCCCACGGCCGCGAGUGCUUCUUCGAGGACCUGCACAAGGACGACAAGAUGACCGUGACCUUCCAGGUCGGCGACCGCGAGUUUGGCGGCGCAGGCAACCUGGACAUUGACUUUUGGGUGAGAUACCGCCCCGACCCCAGACUGGUGCCGGCCAUGUUGUACAUCACCAACCCGCCCGGCCAGUACGAGACGCUGCAAAAGUCCACGUCCAACGGUGACUUUACGUUUACGGCGCACCACGACGGCAAGUACAUGUACUGCUUCAGCAACGAGCACUGGGGCGCGUCCAGCAAGGAGGUGUCGUUCAACGUGCACGGCAUAGUAUACGUGUCGGAUGCCGACGGCCCCAAGGACCCGCUCGAGGCCGAGGCGCAGAAGCUGUCGGAGAUGCUGGCCCAGGUCAAGGACGAGCAGUCGUACAUUGUUGUGCGGGAGCGGACGCACCGCAACACGGCCGAGAGCACCAACGCGCGGGUCAAGUGGUGGAACCUGUUUGUGAUCACAGUCGUUGUCGGCGAGUCCAUCUUCCAGGUGUGGUGGCUGCGGCGGUUCUUUGAGGUCAAGCGGGUCAUCUAA